GAGAAUGACCAACCGCGCCAGCAACCGUCUGAUCCUGCCCACCACGCGUAACGGCUUCCUCUUCCCCUCCAUCGUCUUCGAGUCCACAGGGGCCCCGGAUCUACGGAACCCCGACGGCGCGGAGCACACUCCGGCGACCGGCGAUGAUGGCCGGGCGCAACCACCACCAAAACCACGGCCAGAGGCUCCGCCGUCUCGUCCCGUGCAUCCUCGUCAUCGUGUUCGCCGUCCACGCCGUCUCCUUCGCGCUCUACCUCCUCCUCCAGUCCAACCAUCCUCCCCCAAACCCCGCCAACCCCGAAGCUCAGACCCAUGAGAGAGUCCGAGAGCCGUCUUUCCAGAAGCCGUGGCCGCGCCUCCCGUCCUUCCUCCCCUGGACUGCCGACCCAUCGCUGACGCCGCGCUCCUGCGAGGCCUACUUCGGGAACGGCUUCUCCCAUCUCGUGGAAGUCCUUCCGGAGGGGCGUGGGGGCGGCGGGUGGUUCCGAUGCCACCACAGCGAGACUCUGGGCAGCUCGAUCUGCGAGGGCGCGCGAGUGCGGCUCGACCCGGCGCUCAUCGCGAUGUCGCGCGGCGGCGAGCCGAUCGACCAGGUGAUGGGCCGCAAGGAGGAGGAGGAGCUGCCCAGGUACGAAUCCGGUGCGCUGGUGGUGGAGGGGGCGGCGGCGGGGAGGAGGGGGCCCUUGGUCGAGCCGGGGUUCCUCGACGCCCACGUGCCCACCAACGGGAUCGGGAUGCACACCAUGAGAGCGCUGCUCGACUCCGCGCGUGUCGUGCCGCCCGGUGAGCUCCACUGCUCCCAGUGGAUUGAAGAACCGACACUUCUGGUCACACGAUUUGAGUAUGCAAACCUUUUCCACACAAUUACAGACUGGUACAGUGCAUAUGUUAGUUCCAGAGUCACAAAUUUACCUGAUCGUCCUAAUGUUGUUUUCGUGGAUGGGCAUUGCAAGGCACCACUGGAGCAAACAUGGGAAGCACUUUUUUCGAAUGUGACCUAUGCCAAGAGCUUCUCUGGCCCUGUUUGUUUCCGGCAUGCAGUUCUUUCACCAUUGGGCUAUGAGACUGCUCUAUUUAAGGGGCUUAGUGAAAGCUUCAGCUGUGAAGGAGCCCCUGCUCAGUCCCUUAGAAAUAAACCAGACCACCAGAAAACUGCACGGUUGUCUGAAUUUGGGGAGAUGAUUAUAGCUUCUUUUGAUCUUUUGGAGGAUGGGAUCGUGCCGCCUAAAAAAACAUCAAACGGACUCAACAUUCUCUUUGUUCGGAGAGAAGACUACUUGGCCCACCCACGUCACAGUGGAAAGGUUGAAUCUAGGCUGAGCAAUGAGCAGGAGGUAUUCGAUGCAGUUGAGAAGUGGGCAAAAGGUCAGAAGUGCAAAAUAAACGUCGUGAAUGGUCUUUUUGCACACAUGAGCAUGAAGGAGCAACUCCAGGCUAUCCUGGAAGCUUCAGUCAUAAUAGGGGCUCAUGGGGCUGGUCUGACACACCUGGUUUCAGCCACGUCAGACACAAAAGUUCUUGAGAUAAUCAGCAGCUUCUAUCGACGCCCACAUUUUGGCUUGAUCUCACACUGGAAGUCGUUAGAAUAUCAUGCCAUAAAUCUCCCUGGAUCAUAUGCAAGUAUCCCAGACGUUACCAGUGAGUUGGGGAAUAUACUGAAAGGUCUCGGAUGCUGAAACAAAGUGAUUCUUGGCGUUGAGAUAUUGGCCGUUAAAAUCGCCACGAGCAUUGUUGCGUGGAUAAUUCUGUUUAGUUCUAUACACUGGUCACACUAGCCACGCCCAUGCUUGCUGUUACAGUUGGAGAGCACUCUCUGCUGUUUAUUCAUUCAGUCACGCCCGUGGUCUAGGAGCCACACAGCCCCAGUUCUCCGCAGAGGAAUUUUCUGCUGCCAGAUGUAGACCGAUAUGCCGCUGACAAGCUACUGAUGACAUGAAGAAACCCAAUUGACACUGUCCAUUCCGUUCUCGACGUUUUCGCCACGGCCCUGGGGAUGGAUCAAACUGUAAUGGAUCAAACUGUAAUGUAAUUUUUAUCAUUUGGGCUUGAACGUUUUUGUGUUGCAAUGCGAGUGUCAAGUGCCUCCCACUGCCCAAUUCCUGAAUAACAUUCUUGUGCACGGUGUAUGAUCUGCCCAUUAUUUCUGCCAACGGACACGGGGCAGCGCUGGUGUAUCAUUUUGGAAGUUGGGAUCGACGGCGCUGGGUCAGUCAUAACGCGCUCGCCCGUGUACUUG